UCAAGUGCUAACAGUGAAAUACUUUCAUGUAAGCAAUUAUUUUGCCUGUUUUUAAAAUUAUUUUUAUACACGUUUGUGUACUAAGCGUAAGGUCCAGUUAUAGUUCACCAUAUGUGUGGCAAUACAGAGCCUUUCACAAGAUACAAGAAGGAAAUGAAUUUAAGUCUCUGAGCACAUGUUCCAGUGUGGCAGUGUAGGUUAAAUGUCAGCUGUUGAUUUGUGUGCUAAACUUUGUGCUGCUCCAAAUGGAGGACGAGGUGUCUUAUUCAGCAGUCAUUUUCAACAGGGCUGCCAACGUGGAGCCUGAAGCACCUGUGAGGCAGGCUGAGGAUGUGGUGUACUCGUUAGUCAUGAGCCAAGGUGAGGCUCCAUCAAACAUCUGCACCGAAACCACAGGAGAACCCACUGCAGCUGCUAAUGAUCCCUCCACACCAUACAGACGGGCUACAAUCUGUCUAGGGCUGCUGUGUCUUCUUUUAUUAGCAGGUCUUGUGGCUGUCUGCGUCUUCAACAUCAUUCAGAUUUCCAAAUACAGCACACUUUUGGCUCUUUACACCGAUGAGAGCACAGCACACCAGAGGUUGCAGGCUGCUAAGGUGUCCCUGGAGAGAGACAACAAGGAGCUGACCGAAAAGAGAGAUCAGCUUAACGGAGCCCUGAGAUUUAUCAUCCAAUUUUCAAGAUUUCCAGCCAGCGCGUUCUGUCAUCUAACUGAUGGAGAGUUUCAUUGUGAGCCCUGUUUGAAACACUGGAUUCAAUACGGGUCCAGCUGUUACUUUUUCUAUACUGGGGAUUAUAACCGGCAAACCUGGCAAAAGAGUCGAGAGCACUGCAUGAAAACGGAAGGAGACCUAGCCGUCAUAGACAAUACAGAGGAACAGGCGUUCAUCAAUCAGCACACUCCCUAUUAUAAUGGAUAUCAUGGGUACUGGAUUGGACUUUCUAGAACCAAUGAAAAACAGUGGGUGUGGCCCACUGGCAGUGUGCUAGAGGCAGACAGGGUUCUGGGCUAG